GUCACCAUAAAAGUCAUGGAAUCCUUGGGCUUGAGGCAGUCUGGUGGAGGCAGACAGACAGUCUGGUGGAGACAAUCUGGUGGAGAUUGUCUUCUAAAGAUAGUUUUCCAGGGAGCUUCACUGGAGACUUUGGCUUGGAUCUCGGCUUCAACUUGGUUUAUACUCCUGGUCUGCUUUGUGGAGUGGCUGGUCCUCAGCAGGCCGGGGUCCGACGCAGUGAUGACAGGGAAGCGGCCGCCGGGGCCUCUGGACCCUGUGAUAUACAAUAAGUUGGCCAUCCUCGAGGCAGAUGCUGCGCACAGGCCGCCCGCGGGGCUCUGCAAGGCGGGCUCCCUGCCUGGCCCGGGCCCCGAGGGCCACCUGGGUUACAAGGGAACGUAUUUCGCCUACCCCGUGGGCGGCCCCGAGGUGGGCCCGGACACGCUGGCUGGCUGGAACCCCCACAUGGCCUCCUUUGGGGGGGUGAUGGCUGGGCCGUCCCUGAGGGCAGACAGCAUGCUCAUGAACUGUCUGUUGUACCAGCGGGAGGCGGAGAGUGUUCAGCCUGUGGAAAAGAGCCGGGACCACGCGAUGAGGAACCUGCUCCUGGCCCAAGAGAAGUGGACGGGCCAUCUGGACCACCGCGACCCACUUCUCCAUGCCACCCGGGGUUCCCCGUACCUGGGCAUGAAGGGGCCGGGGCCGCCAGCCUGUGCCCCCCUGGCAGCCCCCAAGCCUGUGUACCGGAACCCCAUGUGUUAUGUGGACCCGGGCUAUGGGCCACCAUCGUGUUUGGCACUCGGAGCUCCGGGGGCUGAAAGUGGGACCAAGCGGCCACUGGACACGGACUGGACGCUCGCUGCACCCUUAUUGCCUCAGGGCAACCCCCACUGCUCCGUGGCCUCCGCGGCGAGCAAGACUCAACACCUGGAGGCUACCUUCCUGCCUUUGCCUCAAACUGGGCCAGUAGGCAAGGAGUCGGUGGGCAACGUUUCCUCCUACCAGGUCGCCUUGGACAAGUAUCGUGCCAUCCGGAGUGCCCUCUUCCUAGAUUCCAAAUACCCUCCGCCCCCGCCGUAUGGAGGACACAAGAAGGCAGCUGAGGGGCUCCCAGGCUCCUGGGCAAAGCUUCCACAACCUCCAGUCCCCCCCUACCAGGAGCGGCCACCCUCCCACUACCCACUGGCACUGCAUGAGCAGCCUCUGCUGUACCCACCGGGAUAUCCGCCCCCAGAGAAGCCUAACAGCUCUGUUCUUUCCAUGCAGUCUCCUAACCCUUACAAGGGUUUCGGCUAUGGGGGAAGUGGGCUCCCAGGCACCUACCCACGGCAGCAGACACCCCGCGGGCCCUGUGUCCCCUCUUCCAAGCUGGAAAGCUGUGCCUACCCCACAGGCCCCAUUCAGGUGAGCUCCCCUGGCCUGAAAGCUGGGACAGCUUCCUCCCACGAGUCUGAGCCACCAGCUACCCCCAAAUGCCAGCUAGACUACUUCUCUCAGACGCCAGGGUAUGCCUUUGCUCCUCGGGACAACCUGUCCCUUUAUGGUCCGGCCCUGGGGGCUGGAGGGAUGUCGCCUACCCAGGAUGCUGCCCGGGGCAAACUAGGAGCUCCUCAGCACAGUGCAUUCCAGCUCGUGUGUCAGCACGCAGCAAGUGGGAGGCCAAGUCUGAACCCCGGACCCCACGGGGAGGCUGCUUGUCCUGUCUCCCGCCCUGGGAAAGCCGAGAAGCCCAGGCAAGAGUCUGAGGAGAAGAAGUGGUUGUAUAGCUUUGGAAAAGAAGAAACCAGACCCAGGCCUGGGUUGGAAGACCAUCCCACAACACCCAUCGUCAUCCCCGACAGUCCUGCCCCAAAGACUCCACCUGGCACUGGCUGUAGCGACACAGUGCCUUCCCCCAAGGCGUGCCCACAGGAGGUACCUUCCCCCAAGGAGUGCCCGCAGGACCCAAAGCCGACGGAGGGCACCGCAGCUCCCUGCUCGCCACCCAUGCCCAUCAUCAACAACGUCUUCAGCUUGGCGCCCUACAGGGACUACCUGGACAAUCAGUGUGAGAAGGUGCCUGAGCUCCCUCUGCCCAAGGCUCAACCCCUAAGCACCACAUGCUCCUUGGAGCCCUGUCCAGCUGCAGCCUCCGAAGCCUACAGUGAGCUGCCCAAGGAAGCAGAGAGCAAAGAUGGACCAGAGGAGGAGAGCCAAGGACCCCUCCUCCUUCCGUGUGGGGAGCUCCGAGUGGAGCCGGGGACUGAUCCUAGCAGCCAGUGCCCACCCAAGGAGGAAGUGGCACUGGAUUUGAGCCUCAAGAAACCCACUGUGGAGCUCUCCAGUGGGACUCUAAUCCAGGAGGGGCCCACUGAGCCUGCGCCGUCCUCGCUCGCGGCAGAAACGAACAAGACUAUCCAGGAGGAACAGCACAGGCUUCCUGCUCCUCCUCCCCUGGUACCUUCCAUGGUCGAGACUAUCCCAAGGACUAGCUUCCACAGUUCUGUGGCCUUCAUGUUCCGCAAGUUCAAGAUUCUCCCGCCAACACCCCUGCUCACCAUUGCCCCUGCCCCCGCCCCUGCCCCUGCCCCUGCUCCCACCCCUGCCGCUGCCCCCCCACUAGCUCCUGCCCCUGCCCCCGCCCCCGCCCUAGCUCCUGCCCCUGCCCCUGCCCCCCCACUAGCUCCUGCCCCUGCCCCCGCCCCCACCCUAGUUCCUGCCCCUGCCCCCGCCCCCGCCCUAGCUCCUGCCCCUGCCCCCACCCUAGCUCCUGCCCCUGCCCCUGCCCAAUCUGCCAGCCUUCAGCUUUUCACACAGCCCUUGCAGGUGGCCUGUUUCAAUAUGGCUCUGCCAGAACCAACUCCCCCCGCGCCACCUGUUGCAUCUGAGCCAGCCCCUGCUGCAAGCAAGGCGAGCAGAGGCCGGGAGGCUGCUCCCCCUAAAGUGGGCAGCACUGAGCAACGUUUCACGGGCCUCCAUAUGUCUUUGUGUGAUGCCAUUUCCGGCUUCGUGGCCCAUACCUCACCAGAACAGCUCCGGGAAUGGCUAGAGGAGGCCGAGGAGAGCCCAUCUCUGCCCCUGCCACCAUCUUCCUCCCCAGCCAAGGGCCAGAGCAGGCCCCGCCGGGACACGUGGCUCAGCUGUGUAGGUGUGAAGGGGCUCUUGGCAGAGCUGCUGGCCCAGCUGGAGACGUUCCUUUUCACCCACAGGUGUCCCUUCCCCCACGUGGUGCGGGCGGGCGCCAUCUUUGUCCCCAUCUACCUGGUCAAAGAAAAGUUGUUCCCCCGUUUACCCGGGUCCUCCGUGGACCACGUGCUCCAGGAGCAUCGCGUCGAGCUACGCCCCACCACGCUGUCAGAGGAGCGGGCGCUGCGGGACUGCGCCCUGGAUGGCUGCACCUCCCGCAUGCUUAAGCUCCUGGCCCUCCGGCAGCUUCCAGACAUCUACCCAGACCUGCUGGGCCUACAGUGGCGAGACUGUAUCCGGAGACAGCUUGGUUCCUGCCCACAGCCUGGCGGCCAUACCUCCAAGAGAAUGUGAGAGGCAGAGCCCCCACGCUAAGGCGGAAGCUGCUCCCUCAGAAGCCUCCACGUUCCAAGACGUCGGCAGCCCAUCAGCCCACGUGGAGCCGGGGGCCCCCAAGGCCAAAAAGAAGAGGGCGACCCCCGGACCCUGCUCGGAGGAGUAUGGGCGGCUGAGGGCCACUCCGGAGACGGAGCCUGCGCCCGACGGAGCCUUAGCCGUGGAGGCUAGGGGAGAGGCAGAAGGCCAGGCCCCCCUCGGGCUGCCUGGCUCCCUGCUCCGUGCCCGCUUCCAUCGCCUGCUACAGGCCGCUUGGCAGGAUGGCCUCCCCCUGCCCACAGGCCGGCGAAGAGGCCUGGCACAGACCUAGCCCCGUGGAGCCAGGGCAGGAGCACCACGUCCUGGAGGAUCCAAGGAGGGCCGGCUCUGGCUCCCACCGUGGCCCAGGACCUCUCCAAGGCUGAGCACCAAGGAGUCCCUCCCCGACCUCCCCGGUACUGUCCACGCUUGCCUUGCUCCCAGCCCGCGCCCCCUUUCCAGAGCAAGGACUCUCGAGAACCAGAAUCUCCCCGGUUCUGCCCUCAGGACUUGAACCUUAGGCUGGUCCUCUUUUGUUGUUCCCUUCCCCUCUCUGGCUCGCUACCUCCUCACUAGCCCCAGGCUACGUCUUUCCUCCAGGUAUCCCCCUUCUUGCUCCUCCUGGGCCCUGGGGUGGAGACAAGAGACACAGGUACAGAUCCCUCUGCUGCUUCUGCCCCAGGCUUGCCCCGACUUCAGGUAGCCCGGCGAGGGGGGAGCUGGCAGGGGCCCUCCUAAAGCACAAAAUUCCCCAGGGACGUCAGGACCUCUUUCCCGUCCCCUCCCUGCCCUCCUCCCCUUCUCUGGUCCAGAAUAAUCUGCUUUGAUUUAGGGGAAACGGGGCCAGAUAACUGGGCGUGAGGGUUCGCCAUGGCGACCCGUCUAUCCAAUCAGAUGCUGAUCCUGCCCCUUAAGCCCCACCUCCGGGCAGGAAUCUGCCAAGUGACACACUAGAGGCAUUCCCCAGACCACGGUCCCCAGGACGGUCAGCCAAUCAGCUCUCAUGGUCCUGGUCUCGCUUCAAUUAGGUUUCAAGCGUUUUUUUUAAGCCAGGUACCAUGCUGGGCACUGGGGGCCAUAGAGGCAGAAGGGAAGCACCCCCUGUUCUGCUGUGGGGACACCCUGGGUGGGGUGUCUUGUUCUGGCCCCAGGCCUGCCUCUGGCACAGGUCAAGGGCAGGGGGAGAACCCGAGACAUUUCUAAAGCCCAUUUCCUAGAACCCUCCUGGGAAAUGUGGGUUCCUCUGAGCAUUUGGCUGAGGAACAGGAGCCGGCUUCGUGCUCCCCAUCCCUGCCUCCAGAGGGAGGGCCUGGCCACAGCUCUGUCCAUCUGUCGUGCAGGCUGGACGUGCCCCAGAGCCCCGCGCCUCAGUCUAGGCUGCAAACCACCCCUUUCCGUGCCCUGGCCACAGAGGAACAAGAAGGGGCUGGCCUGGGCUGGGCACAGAGCCCUCGUCCUCCCUCCCUCCCUAAGUUGGCACUUAAGCUCACAUUUAAGGAGACAGAAAAACUCCCGUCCCCGCGUCGUGGACCCCACAGGCCACCUGGCCUGGCUCUUUGCGCCGGAGAAGUGACUCUUCCCUUCCCUGCAGCCCAUGGCCACGGAUGGGGCCUCUUUCCCUGUGUGUGUACAGUUUGUACAGUUCUUGGCCCAAAUCAGUCCCUUCACUAUUUAAUGUUUUGUAAGGAGGCGGCCAGCCCCGGUGGCAACACGCCAAUAAAAGUUAUUGGGUUGUUUUGGAA